UAAGUCGAGAAGAUUCUGGAGAUCGUAUGAUACAUGGAACAUUUGCAUUUGGUUCAUCAACACCACGUAUUUUAUCACAUUUAUACGAUACAGCAAGAGAUUAUUGUAAUGGUAGUAGAAUUAAUGCACAAGUUGGCCGACGAUCCUACACAACACCAACCUUUCCAACAUCACGCUCCAAGACAACAAGAACAUCAACGAAUGUUCAAAUGAAACGAACCGAUGAAGUGAUCCAAAAGCCAAGUGAUAUGGUAACCAGUAAGAGUACACGUCGAAUAUUGUCAACAAAUUAUCAACCGAAGGAAGGAAGUGAGGAAUUCAUGAAUUCUGUGAAAAAGAAGUUGGAAGCACAGAAUGAUAAGGUCAAAUCGAUGAAAAAGGUUGCCGCUAAAGAGAAGCAAUCGAAAAACAAAAAAAUUGAUGGAAGCAAAAUUUCGGUUGAAAAGAAAUUUGCUAAAACUGACUUACCGGAAGCGUUAAAGAAAUCAUCUUCAAUAUCUGCCAAGGAACCAAAAUCAGCAAGAACAUUAGCUGAGGAAAAACAAUUAUUGAUUGCUGCUAAUACAGUUGAUAAUGAGGCAAGAUUACUUUCGACAGGAUUGACAUCGACAGAGAAGAUUGUAGCAAAAAAAGUUGAAGAAAAUAAUAGCACUACAAAAGCGUCAGAAGAAAGUGAAACUAUUAAGAUUCUGCGUGAGGAAGAAUCAGAAGGACGGAAAAUUGAUGUAAACAAUCAGUCAAAAUCAACUGGGUACGAUAAUUUAACGGAUACAUUUUCAAUCAUUUCCAAAACGAAUCACAAUGAAACGGAUGCAAAAUCAAAUUUUGAACACAAAAAUGAAACAGAAGGAGAAUUUUCCAUUAAUUCAGAAUCCAAAAAACAUGAACCAUCUUCGUUUACUGCUCCUAUAGCUCCAACCAUUAAUUCUGAUACUUCACUUACAAAACUAUCAGUAUCAACUGCUGACAAAACAUUUAGCCUUCGUAAUGAUAAUAGCAAACUGAAAAAUGAGAAUAGUCGAGAAAAUUCUGUAGAUGAGAUUAAGGGUGGUGAAACGAAAACUUCAGUCAGUUCGGGAUUGGAGUGUGAUAAGUUACCGGAAAGAAGAGAAUUGAUUCCGGAAAAUUUGCAUCAACCACAAGGAAAUAAUUCUGCAGCAUUCAACAUGCAGUCUCAGCAUGAAAAUGGUGAGCAUGAAAAUAAUUCACAAUCAUAG